AGGAGCCCAGCAGGGAGGCCCAGCAAGGGACAGACAAGCUAGAUAGAUAAGUAGAGGACGCGAGCUGUGGCCAGUAAGAAGACAUCGUAAAUCGAUCUCUCCGCCGUCGUUUCUUCUUCUCCUCCUGCAGCCUGUCUGUCCGUCUCUCGCUGCUGUCGCUGCUGUCGCCGUCGCCGUCGCUGGCCUGCUGGCUCUUCCUAUUACGUAGUUGACUGCGCUAGUCCCUAUUCUGGCUUUACCUCUGCUUCGACCUCUGCCUCUUCUCCUCCUCGACUCCUCCGCCGCUCUGCUACUUUCUCUACGCUGCUUCUUCUACCGCUCCCAACUGCUCCUCCAACGCCCGCCGUUCCCUCCUGUCUCUGCCAUGGCGACUCGCACGAUGGAAGCCCGAACUGGCCGGACAAACCAGCGCUACUCUCCCGCCGGCGAACGCCUCGUCGCAGGCGUCGUCCCCCUCUCCCCAGACAAGUCCAAGGUCCUGCUCAUCCAAUCCGCCCGCCCCGGCGCCUGGGUGCUCCCCAAGGGCGGCUGGGAACUCGACGAGCCCUCCGCCCAGGUAGCCGCCGUCCGCGAGGCCUGGGAAGAAGCCGGCGUCGUCUGCACCGUCACCUCCGACCUGGGCAAGAUUCCCGACAUGCGCAGUGCCACCCAGAUAUCAGCCAAGGCGCCCCGGGUACUCUACCAGUUCUUCGAGGUGCGCGUCGACCGCGAGGAGAGCCAGUGGCCCGAGAUGCACAAGCGGAAGAGGCAGUGGGUGACCUACUCGCAGGCUGCGGCGGCCCUGGUCGCCCGGCCGGAGCUGCUCGAUGCCCUCAACCGGAGCUCCAUCAAGCGGUGACUCUUGAACAAGAACCGCUGACACAUCCGGCCGUGACGAUGACUCGAUAUU